CUGUUCAACUUCAAUCUUGCGCUUUUGAAAACGGUCAAAACGCACGCUUGAGGACGUUCAAAAAAGAUGUGUGAGCUUCCAGAGGCAAUUCCGAUCACUUCGCUUCGUCAAGUAAACUUCUUUUUGUGAAGAAACCGCUGGUUCUGAUAACGUGAGCUAUUUUCUUAUCAAUCCAACCCAGCAAUAUGUCAACUCCAGCCGAGAACUCUUCCCCGGCCGAGCCCCAACUCUUGAGUGUGAAGGAGGAUCGCCCGGACUCGGCCAGCCGUAGUUCAACUGGCCCUUCCCCGGUGAUGCCUUCGCUGUCCCCCUACCCACUAGCCGGCGAGUCAUGCUCAGAUAAAGGCGAUUUUGAGGUUCAGUGUCCUACACUUCCCCAUCACCCAGAUAAGACCCCCGACAGAAGGAAACCGGCAAAGAAGAUGCUUGACUUCGGUGAUGCUCCACUGAUGCAGGGCGAUGACGAAGUGAGACCCAUGGAAGACGGAGAACAGAGCCUAGAAUCGGCUGGCAAUCGGGGAGCCCAUUCUCCGAGAAACAGGGAGGACAAAACGGCUCCCGAGUCCAACUCAACAAACCAUCCCCCAGCAUCACCGUUCGGUAGCCCACACAUUCAAGACGCCGACACAGGGCACGAAAUCACCAUGACGCCUUCACCGCAAGAAGCUUCAACACUCAAGCGGCCACACUCGGUUUCACCGGGGGAAAUCCACUCUAAAUGCCCGUGUCUCACAUCGCCGGACGCCGGUGACUUUACCCAACUCAAAAGCACGAGCACAUCUGAUAAACUCGCAGCAGAUCUCGAGCCGAGUGCUUUCCAAAGUCAGGCAACAUCACCUCCAAUGUUAUCCGGGAACUCUGGGCUAGACACGCUCACCCUAGAUGUCGUACAGAACACAGAGUUAGGCGAUGUGGGGGACCCACAGGAUGUUCUUCGUUGCAAUGGCAUCAAUCUCUUUGGAGACCCCGCCCACCGACAGGAGCUGAUAAGUUUCUGUGAGCAGUCACUCAUUCAAACAAACGAGUACUCCGCUGAUCUGAACAACAACAAUAACAACAGCAACGAAAGCGACGGCCAUUACGACAGCAACCCGACUGCGCAUGACAAGCUGGAUUCGGUGGUCCAGCGCGCACGCGCAAGAGGGUUCCAGGUCAGCGACGCGGUGUACUUUGACGGCAAGCAGUAUGUGCCCAUCAAAGUGGCCGCCAAUGGGCGGGGCAAGUUCAGGCUCCUCCUACCGCCGGAUCACCCCCACCGUAGGGGCGUGGCCGAGGAGAUACCCAUCUUCACGACGUUCGAUUUGGACAGCAGAGAAGCGAGUCAAGUGGAAGAGGAUGAAAAUGAACAAUUGCAAGAAAGUAACUGAAAGGUGUUCCGUCUACGGACAGUGCACUCCGAGCACCUCAUCAGAUGCAGAAUAUGGACCAUUAUCUAAAACGACGUCAGGGUACCAUACGAUGUUUUGUGCGUCCUCAGGAUGAGAUUCAAACAAAUGCUGCGACACUGAAAUGAAAUUAAGAUAUGCAAGAGUCAUUCAAAUAAAGUAAAUUAUAUUUUUUUUUUAUUUAAGAUGGACACAACAUUACAUUUGAAGCCUGGCGUGGGGACGUUUGAGUACAAACAAAACUGGUGAAAAAUAUCCGUUUAGGCUUCACUCAUAUUAAGAAUCUGUAGUACAGUGCAUGCAU